AUGCGAGAAGCCAUCGACACCGCCAACAACGACGCCAUCGAUGCCUUCGCGACAGAGAGAGAACAAAAUCCCGACGCCGUUCCGCCUGUCCCCCACCCGCUCCCCACCUUUGCCACGUUCUGCACCCGUGACCCCACCUGGGCCUCCCUUGGUGCCGACCCUCAACGCCACUGUCUGCCGGUGGCUCUUCACCGUGCCGCCCAGCUUCUCAACAUGACGCUCGACCUCACCGAUGGCGACUUAACCGCCUUCCUGAUCGAACACAACGCUGCCAUGCACCGAGGAGUUCCCUCCUCCCUUCUCCGUGACUUCCUGCGCCUGGCCAUGUCCCGUGGACUCGACGUGUGCGAAGCAACUCUCAACAAACGCAUUGCCCUCCAUCUCACUGGCAACAGCCUCGUCGAUCUCGCCAACUGCAUGGUACCGCUGGUCAACGGCGUCUACCUGCUCACUACGAUGACGUGGAGCGAUGCGCACUGCUGGAUCGUCCACAAGUUCUUCGGCAUGGUCACCCUGUUCGACUCUGCCGGAGAAAUUCUGCUCACUGAGUUCCCCCCUCCCGAUCUCAAGAUCCGUUGCAUCCGCCAUCUUGCUCGCAAAGGCGACCCCAGUAACCCCCCUGGCGCUACCACGGGCACCCCUACAGUCCUCCCUGAUCCCAACGCUAACAAACGUAAACGCCGGGAACGCCAAAGCGCUAACCGCAAGCUCGGAGCCCAAGGCCGUAACCGUGCUGAGGACGCUCAUAAACAAUAA